AUGCCCUUAUAUCUUCACAAGAGAGAGAAAGAGAUCGCGCCUUGCAAUAUGGGGCAGUGGCUGUCGCCGGCAAUUCAGCGACACAUGCUGCAUCCGUCAGUUAAACGGAAGUCGUCGCACUCCUCGAAGUUGCUUCAGAAGCGCAAUAUUACGUCUCGAAAGCAGAAAAGAGAAAGGGACUCCAGUCUCUUGCCUGCAGAAUUAAUGCGAACUUGGACGGCUUCGGCAAGAACUCCUCCCAAGGGUACUUCGUCCGCAUGA